AUGUCGCCCGGACGUCUCACAGAGGAUGAGGAAUAUGAUUUUAUUGUGUGUGGUGCAGGGACAUCAGGCUGUGUGAUCGCCGGCAGGCUUGCGGAGAACACCAAUGCUCGGAUCUUACUCGUCGAGGCUGGCCCUCAUAACAAGGAUCUGGAGAAUGUCCAUAUGGUCGGCGGUAAGCGACGAAUCAUCUCUGUUGUCACUAGCUGGUUUGGAACACGACUGACCAAAUUCGCUCAUAAAGGAUGGUCGAAGAACUUCGAUUCCGAGACCGACUGGAAUCUCGUUACGGAGGAAAUGGAUGGUGUUGAUGGACGACAGGUCAAACUCAGCAGAGGGAAGUUUCUGGGUGGCUCAUCAGGCGUGAAUGGUACGCUCUGCAUAUGGGGAAGUAAGCAGGACUAUGACGACUGGAAUCUUCCUGGAUGGUCCGGCGACGAGUUCUUCUCAUAUAUGCGCAAGGCUGAGACAUUUCAUAACAAAUCAUGGUUCGAGGCAGAUGAAAAGGCACAUGGUUACAAUGGACCGUUGCAUACUGAACCUCACGAUCUUGCUCCUAUCUCUCAACUAAUGCUCAAAUCCAUGGAAUCUUCAGGACUGCCCCUGGUUCACGAUAUGUUCACCAAUGGCGAGACACCUCACGGAUGUGGACACGUUCCAAGGACACACCACAAGGGCAUCCGAACGACUGGAGCGGAUUUUGUAACUAACGACCAGCAUAAGGACAACAUUGAUAUCGUCGUCGAGACACUGGUGGACAAAAUCAACUUUGAAGAAAAGGAUGGACAAUUACAAGCAACUAGCGUUACUCUCGUCGACAAAACCGGUGCAAAGCGAGAUGUGAGUGCAAAAAAGGAGAUAAUUGUCUCGUCUGGUGCAUAUUGCUCUCCAGCUGUCUUGCUUCGCUCUGGUAUUGGCCCGAGAGCAGAGCUCGAAAAGCUGGGCAUCAAGACUCUCGUUGACUCUCCUGGAGUUGGCAAGAACCUACUUGAUCAUCUUAUUGUUUUUGCUUUUUAUGAGGUGUCCAAAGAUGGACUUACCAAUGACCACCUAGUAUACCAUGGCGAUGCCGCAAUGGCUGCUUAUAUGUUGUACAAAGAGAAGAAAACUGGAGUUCUGUCAACUUUCCCCUUCGGAGCAUUUGCUUUCGCAAGGCUCGAUGACCGACUCAAAGAUGAUCCACUGUGGCAGAAGGCGAAAACGGAGUCAUGCCGCGAUCCCAUGGGGCUCACACAAAAGCAGCCAAACAUUGAAUUCUUUACCACGGAGCUCUAUGGCGGCCCGAAGCAGUACGAUAAUUACCCGAUUGAUAAAAAGCAUGCGUUCGCGAUGAUUACUGAGCUGUUCUCACCACGUUCAAAAGGAACAGUAACCUUGAAAUCCGCUGAUCCAUCCGAGAACCCGAUCAUCGACUGCAAUUAUCUCUCAGAUCCUCUUGAUAUGCUAGUUCUGACUGAGGGUUGUCAGUUGGGAAAUGAAAUCGUACUAAAUGGCGCCGGAACCAAAGAUGUUGUAAAGGGCUCCUGGCCACAGACUGCCAAACACCAUACUUUCACAACCCGCGAACAAUGGAUUCCACAUGUCAAGCAAAAUGCAACAACGUGCUAUCACGCCGCCGGUACCUGCAAGAUGGGAGCUGCGGAGGAUCAGUUUGCUGUGCUCGAUGCGCAGCUGAAUGUUCGAGGGGUGAAAGGUUUAAGGGUUGCAGAUUGUAGUUCCAUGCCAUCUUUGCACGGUGGUCAUACUCAGAUGCCUGCUUAUGGCAUCGGUGAGAAAGCUGCUGACCUAAUUAAGGCAGAGUGGACGAAGGCUUAG